GAGUAACAGUGUCCUCGUGGUUCUACUCGUGAUAUGCAACACACCUGUCUCCUACUCUAAACUUCCUUUCCCUUUUGAAACCCAAACUUUUCCACUCCCCGACCCCAACACUCCCCUCUUCUCUCUCACACACCCAAAAUACAGAAAACCCUAAACCCAUUUCGAAACUUUCAUUGUAGAUUCCGACAUCGUAGAAUUAGUUGUGCCACAUUGUACCCGUUUGUUUAACUCCUUUUUAUUGCGUGUGAGCACAUACGAGCUUCAUUCAUUCUCCAGAAUGCCAAAUCAAAAGCACGUUUUGCAGAACACUUUCUUCCUCUUGUUACUUUUUCAGGCUUUGAUGAACGUGAGUUGUAAAUCCACCAUAGAGCCAUGUUCAAACUCAGACUCAUGCAACGCUCUCUUAGGAUACACUCUCUACACUGACCUCAAGGUCUCAGAAGUUGCUUCCCUCUUCCAAAUCGACCCUAUUGCUCUUCUUACUGCUAAUGCCAUAGACAUUUCUUACCCAGACGUUGAACACCAUAUUCUUCCUUCUAGACUCUUCCUCAAAAUCCCCAUUUCUUGCUCCUGCGUUGACGGGAUUCGCAAAUCGGUGUCAACCCAUUACAAGACGCGCCCCUCUGAUACUCUCUCUUCCAUCGCUGACUCUAUCUAUGGUGGGUUGGUUUCCGCUGACCAGCUCAGAGAGGCCAAUUCCAUAACCGAUCCUUCAGUGUUGGAUGUGGGUCAGAACCUUGUUGUGCCUCUUCCUUGCACCUGCUUCAAUGGUUCAGAUAACUCUCUGCCCGCAAUUUACCUCUCUUACGUGGUUCAACCGGUUGAUACUUUGGCUGCAAUUGCUGCCAGAUAUUUUACUACUCUCACUGAUUUGAUGAAUGUUAAUGCCAUGGGAAGCACUGCUAUCAACGAUGGUGAUAUCCUUGCUGUUCCAAUACCCGCUUGUGCUUCAAAUUUUCCAAAGUCUGCCUCUGAUUUUGGCUUGCUUGUCCCUAAUGGAAGUUAUGCCAUUACAGCGGGUCAUUGUAUGCAGUGUAGCUGUGGACCACGAAACCUUAAUUUGUACUGUAUGCCAGCUUCUCUAGCUGUUUCUUGCUCCAGCAUGCAAUGUAGGGGAAGCAAUCUUAUGGUGGGAAAUGUUACAGUGCAACAGACUAGUGCUGGUUGCAAUGUUACUUCUUGCAAUUAUGAUGGUAUUGUUAAUGGCACCAUAGUCACUAUGUUGUCCCCAUCUCUUCAGCCUCGAUGUCCAGGGUCGCAGGAAUUUCCUCCCCUUAUUGCCCCACCUACAACUGUUGCAAGAGAAUCAAUAUUUGCACCAGCACCGGCACCGCAGUUUGAUGGAGCUGGUCCAACAUCACCCAAAUCCUCACUGGUUCCUGCAACAGGGCUUCCAGGAUUCUCUCCUGCAAAUGGCCCUGUCAGCGGGAUUUCUUCUGGUGCUUCUGCUGCAUGCUCCUUGGUGAAACCAUUACCCACUUUGACAUCUGCAAUUGUGUUAUUGCUUGUUAAGUUGAUGAUACCUGUGGCAUUGUAAUCUUCUCUUCUCAAUUUUGUAGUAGGUUUAGUUAUGCCCUGCUACUUUGAUUGU